CAGAGAGUGGUGCAUGCGCCACAAGACCCAUGCGACACAGCUCGGCUGCUUUUCCACUGGCGCUCCGUUGGCGCUGCCGACUGCUCCCUUGCUCGAUCGCCCAGUUCAGCUUGGCCGAUUGAUUAGCAGCAGCCAGGCGCUGAAGGUCUCAACACCGACCGUCCGACUCGUGCGUGUCCUCCGAGAAGGUCGCUCCGACCCCCACUUCGCAGGUGCGUCGGCCCUUCCGCAGGUGCAGCCUGCCCGCGGCCCUCCGCGCAUCGAUUCGAAACCAAAAAACGCCCCCGGCCGCUGGACCGACUCUCUCGGCGCUGCCACCCCAUGACCUUAUCCACGUCAAUGAGUUGCACUGAAGAUAACGUUGCUGCGAAGUGCAAGUGGGUCAUGGUAUCUUCGUAAUACAUCCAAUACUGUUCUCAACCCAAUCGAAGCGAGUGAGCCUUCCGAAAAUAAUUAACAAUUAAAAAAAAAAUACAGAUAGAGAAACUUCCGAGUUCAGCCGAGAAUCCCCCCCUGCUGCCAUGCACGUAGAGAUUCAAGUGGCUCUCAACUUUGUAAUAUCAUACCUGUACAACAAAUUGCCGAGACGACGCGUCAACCUGUUCGGAGAAGAGCUCGAACGCGCCCUUCGCGAGAAGUUUAAUGGACACUGGUACCCUGAGAAGCCGAUGCGCGGAUCGGCUUACCGCUGCAUCAAGACCGGCACCGGCUCGGUAGACCCCGUUCUGGACACUGCCGCCCGCGAGAGUGGCAUCCCUGUGCAGGACAUUCUGGAAAACCUGCCUCAAGAGCUGGCCGUAUGGGUGGACCCUGGCGAGGUGAGCUACCGCAUCGGUGAAAAGGGCGCCGUCCGCAUCCUCUACAACGAGAGCAUGGCCCAGAGCGCCCUGAACGCUUCGGCCGCCGCAGCCGCAGCAGCAGCCGCUGCUGCCACCAGCUGCGGCAGCUCCUCGCCAGACGACGACCUGGACACCGAGGUGCGCAAAACCUUCAACCCUGACGCACAAUGUUUCAGGCCGAUCCAGAACGCCCUCGGCAACCUGACCAUCUCGUGCACGGCUCCGAAAGUCUGCCUGUCGCCAUAUCAGAACGGCUCCGGCCUGUCCACCUCCCCUCCCCCUGCCAACCCUCCCGCACGCCAGGGUCAACAACCCCCUCCGCAGCCGCCGAAAAGCACCAACGCGCCGGCCAACGGUGUCCCGGCCCCUGUGGCCGCCCCUCAGGAGAGCACUUCCCCCACGAACGCCAAGAGCUCCUCCAACUCGACGGCACCCUUCAUCGGCCGACCGCCUGCCCCUCCUUUGACCUUCACCACGGCCACCUUUGCGCAGACCAAAUUCGGCAGCACAAAGCUGAAGAGUAGCUCCAAAAGGGCCAACCGAAUGUCGCCGACUGAGUUUUCCAACUACAUCAAGCAAAGGGCCCUGCAACAGCAACAGACGCAGCAGCAGCCCGGAUUCGUUGUCGGCUCCAACCGGCCCAGAUCGCUUUCUCCGAACCCUCAACAGCAGUCACAGGACUUUUUCUUCCCCGCCGCCGGUCGUCAGUACCUGCAGUACCCGACUGCCCAGUACCACCCUCACCACCAACAACCCCACCACAUGCAGUCCGAGCUGCACUUCCCGCAGCACCAGAAGCAGUUCCCGCCCAGGAGCUUCAUGGACGGCCACCUGCCGACCACCUUGCCUGCCGGUGCCACCAACUCGAGCUCCUCCAACAUGCUGUUGACUUCGAUAUCGCCCAAUUCUAGUCUGGUGCCGCCGGGCGCGACUUCGCCCGCAGGAAACAACAACCCUUCCUCCGGACAGGACAGUGGCAAGCAGCAGUUGCUGGACGGCCUCGGCUUUGGCCUGCCCACCUACCAGCCGGGCCAGUACCAGCACCUUCUCGUGGCAAAUUAGCCGGGUGCUUAUGCAACCCGCAGAGCAGUCGUCGAUUAGAAACGGUUUUAGGUAAAAAAAAGCGAAGAUAAGAGAGAGGUAGCAUGAGAAUUACCACAUACACACACGCAACACACACACACACACUUUACGACCUGACUUACCUUGCAAGUAUGACAGCAAUUCAUAAAAAAAUUAUGCCUAAGGCUUUGAUAGGAACAUCCUGACACGUCCUCGAUUGGAUAGCUGAUUAUUUGCAUGACUGUCAGGCUUUAUUUUUUAAAGAGUUUUUACUUGCUGUUAAUGUGUAAGAAAAAACUAAAUGGUGAGGAAUUGACUCUAUUCGUCACCAAUAAGAAUGAGUAAAAAAUAAACAGUGAAUGUCUCCCACUUCAUUGCGAUCAACAAAUUAAUGUAGCAAAAGCGAAAAUACAAAAAGUGAAAAAUAACACCUUUGCAAAAGGUUUAUCAACGACAAGCCAAUAUGUUUCCAUAUAAAUGCCCUUAUUCAAAGAGAGUCUCAACGGCAUGAUGAUACACACGAAGUCUCGAAUCUAUAUUUCAAAAGUAUAAAAUCUGUUCAACGCUUUCUAUCUGAAGAAAUGAUAAAAAUGGUGCUUUGUGCUGAUUUUAGAGAGAAAAGCGUGGGAAUACGCAGUGCACUUGAUAAUAUAGUAGCAAAUUGCUAUUUUAAUAUUUUUUUAUCCAUCUCGCCAAGUUAAGAAAAACAAUUCCUGAAUCCAACUUUGCGAAUUUUUGUACGUUUUAUUUUCAUAGGUAAACCAAAGAUUUUACCUUUUUACGAGAAUAUUUUAAGUUGAGACCUAACGUAUUUUUUUCAUUUCUGACUUAAUGAUUUAUUAAAGCAAUGAUGCUUCGGAAAAGCUGAAAAAUAAAAGCCGGAAUGCGUGCUUACUAAAACCACACAAUACCAUUUUUUAUUACUAGAGGUUUUAAAACAUUUAAACGUUCUUAAUUAUGAGUGAUUAAAACAAAUUUAACAAAACAGUUCAUCUUUGAAUUUUAAAAGAGAAAGCCAGGCCACAAUAGUGUUAUGUGAUGCAGAAAUAAGAAUUUAAUACCGAAUGGUCUCAUAUUCAUUGAAUAUAUUUAAGAGAAAAAGAGCAAAUUACAGGAAUUGAAAAAGAUUGCGAUUCCAACGAGAUGAUCUAGAAUUAUUAACAUAUUUGGCGCGUAUCACCAGAAUACACUUUCAUGGAAAAAAUCUAAAUUAUUAACGGAAUGGUGUUUGAAAAAAAAGUAAGCAAAGUAUAGCUAACCUUAAAACGGUUAAAUGUUGCUCGUAUGUUCGUGACCUAUAAUGGAAAAAAAAACAAUUCGCCUUGUAGUAAAAAGGAGGACAUUUUGAAGAUGUGAAGGCCUAUCAUAAAUUUAGCGUGCGACUAUUGACGAGAUGGUUGUCACUUAAUAAAAUAUACAUACAUGUUUUCAUCUAAAGUAAUCCAGAAAAUGUGUGGAUGAAUGUCGACUUAAUUAAAAUAAUGAGGCUGUUAACUGAAAAAAACUUCAUUGAUUAUAUUUUUAUUAUGCGCACUUUUAUAUUUUCAUACUCGUGUGAGAUAAUGUCGUCCACAUAGUGUCAAGAGAGGACCUUCAUUUAGGCCAUAUUAUAUGAAAUAAUACUUCUGCUUAAAUUCUUUCUUUGACGGUAUUUUUUCUUUUUAUAUAGGACUUCUUUCUGCUGAUAUUUUGCGGCAUUCUGAAUUGUAUGCAUAUAAAUAAUGCGUUACUUCCAUUGAAAGUGGAGUGCUUAUCUGCAUAAAAAGUGAUGAAAAUACCUGACGAUAUAAUAAAAUAACAGAGAAAAGGAGAGAAGGAAAGAAUAAAGAAAUAUACCAUUCUUGCACUCCUCUGACAUGCAAAGAGCGACUUUUGCGUUUGGAUCAGAAUUUUUUUACAUAAUAAUAUGUACGUCGCGCGGUUGAUUGCAAUUUUUUAAUUUUUAUAUAUUUAUAUACGCCGUUCAAAAUAAAUGUAGGUGUUUAGCCAUUAAUUACGCUUUCGGAGUCAAACCCUUGAUGUAGUUCCAAAACGUGUGUUUAAUAAUAAUUAACACAAAAAACGACUGUAGUGUAACUGGAUGUUUGUGCAAUGGAUAUGCAUAUAUACAUAUGUUGAAAAACACACACACAUUUUAGAAUUUUGCUUAUGAUAACUAGAGGAAAAAUUAUUGUGAAAACUCGAUCUCAAAAGAAAGAAAGUAAGAUGCGAAUUAUAAAUGUUGUGACCUUUUAGCCUACCGACUUUUUGGAAAUUCUUCAUCAAAAAGGUUUGAAACCGAUUUCCAAAAGAAUAAAUUUACGUCAUGUGCGAUUCAAAUUGUGUACGAAACAUUUCAAUUUCUAUAGACAAGACCGGUGAGAUUUUCAUUUUACUGAUUCACACACAAUACACACAGACACAAAUAAUAAUUUUCAGACAGAGAAUAAGAAAAAAAUAAUCAGUUGCAUGUUUACAGAGAGUAUAAUAUAUUACCAUUCUGUAUAGUUAAACGCAGGCAAUUUUCUUCAAAAUGUGUAUAAUUGCAUAAAUAUACAUUAAAUAUACUGCAUGUUUUCCCUCUUGUGCUAAAUAGACAAAAAAAAAAAUAAAA